AUGGCUGAGACGGAAAAGAAGGACUUGAAGGUGACUCCGGCCGAUGCAACUGGCGCCAGCAGCCUUGCAGAGGAGAAUGUAGGCAUUAACGAGAAGAAACUGCUGCGAAAGCUGGAUUAUCGAUUGCUGCCACCGUUGACGAUUUUAUAUCUGCUGUCGUUUCUGGAUCGUAGCAAUGUUGGAAAUGCACGUCUUGAAGGCAUGGCGACCGAUAUCAACAUGACUGGCGAUCAGUAUCUCACCGGUCUGACUCUCUACUUUAUCGGUUAUGUUGUAUUCGAAGUGCCCUGCAAUAUUGUGCUCAAAAAGACGACGCCGCGCAUUUGGCUGCCGACCCUCACUCUUGUCUGGGGAAUUGUCGCAACACUUCUUGGUGUUGUUCAGAAUUAUGCCGGUUAUCUCACAUCGCGAACAGCGUUGGGUAUUGCGGAAAGUGGUCUAUUUCCUGGCGUCGUCUUCUACCUCUCCAUGUGGUAUAAACGGAAUGAGCAACAUUAUCGCGUGGCUCUGUUCUUUAGUGCUGCGUCGCUGGCUGGUGCUUUUGGUGGAAUUCUCGCUUGGGGAAUUGCGCAUAUGAAAGGCGUCGGUGGCUACAAUGGCUGGCGAUGGAUUUUCAUCCUGGAAGGUCUAUUGACCGUCAUCAUGUCUUGCAUCGCAUACUUCUGGGUAUACAACUAUCCAGCGACAGCAGAGUUUCUGUCCGAAGAGGAACGAGCUUUUAUUCAAUUCCGGCUGAAGAGCGAUAAUGAUUCGACUCGUGAUGAAGAGUUCUCCUGGUCUGCUGUGCAGGAUGCAUUCAAAGAUCCAAAGGUCUGGUUAUACGGACUGGGAUUCCAUACAAUGUCUCUGCCACUGUAUACUCUUUCACUGUUCUUGCCCUCCAUCAUCUCUCAACUCGGAUACACAGCUGCUCAAGCACAGCUACUCACCGUCCCUCCCUACGCCGUGGCAUUCGUGCUAACCAUCACCGUGGCCGUCUUCUCCGAACGAACCCAUCUUCGCGCCCCCUUCAUCAUGGGCUCAUCCGCCCUAGGAUGCAUCGGAUACAUCCUCCUCCUCGCCCAAAAACGACCAGGCGUAUCCUACCUAGGCACCUUCUUCGCCGCCGCGGGCAUCUACCCCGCCGUGGCCAUCGUGCUCUCCUGGCCCGCCAACAACGUCUCCGGCCAGACAAAACGCUGCAUCGCCAACGCCAUGCAAAUCUCCAUUGGCAACCUAGGCGCCGUCCUAGGAACACAACUCUACCGAACCGAAACAGCCCCGCGAUACUACCUCGGCCAUAGCUUCGCACUAGGCUAUCUCGUGGCGAACAUCAUCGUCGUCGCUAUUCUCUGGCAGGUUCUGAAACGGGAGAAUGCAGAAAAGGAGCGCGAGAGGGAGAGUCAAGGGUUGAGUGCGUUUAUGGGAGAUUUUGGGGAUGCAGAAGGGGAGUUUUUGGGCGAUAAGGAUCCGAGGUGGAUUUUCCAGACUUAG